UUACAGAAUGGUACAGUCUGCUGUUUAAUGGAACCCUGUGAACUCCUCCCUAUCCCAGUGACAGGGUUCAGCAUGGAAGGGAAAAUGCUGGCAGCGUACUUCGACGUGCCUGGAGGGCCAGAAAAUCUGUUCAUCAAAGAAGUGGCAAAACCGAAUCCAAAGAAAGGCGAAGUGCUGGUAAAAGUGGAGGCCAGCGCACUAAACCGUGCAGACUUACUUCAGAGAAGGGGAAAAUAUUCGCCACCACCGGGAGCCAGUGACCUUCUUGGUCUGGAAGCAGUCGGCACUGUGGUGGGAUUUGGUCCUGAUGGCUGUGGGAGAUGGAAUAUUGGUGACAGAGUCAUGGCUUUGCUUUCUGGUGGAGGGAACGCACAGUACACCACUGUAUCUGCGGACCAUCUCAUGCCUAUUCCUUUGGGUAUGACUGCAACAGAUGCGGCCGCCAUCCCGGAAGCCUGGCUCACUGCGUUUCAGCUGCUACAUUUUGUAGGUAAGAUUCAGAAGGGGGAGAUUGUCUUGAUACAUGCUGGAGCUAGUGGUGUUGGCACAGCGGCCAUCCAGUUGUGCCGAUUGGCAGGAGCAAUCCCUAUUGUAACUGCAGGUUCUAAGGAAAAGCUUGAAAUUGCUAAACAUCUUGGAGCUGCUGCUGGGUUCAACUACAAAGAAGAGGAUUUUAGUGCAAAGUGUCUCGAGUUCACAAACAAUGUUGGAGUUGACAUUAUAUUAGACUGUGUCGGAGCAUCGUAUUGGGAGAAGAACCUUAAUUGCCUCAACAUGGAUGGUCGCUGGGUGGUAUAUGGACUCAUGGGAUCUGGUGGGAUGAAUGGAGACCUGCUGUCCAAGCUUCUAUGGAAACGUGGGAGUAUCAUAGGAAGUUUGUUAAGAUCCCGUUCAAGCCAGUAUAAGGCAGAUCUGGUAAAGGCUUUCUCAGAACAAGCCCUUCCACACUUCACCGUUGGUGGUCCUAUUCAUCUGAAACCGAUUGUAGACAGCGUGUACCAACUGCAGAAGAUAUCUGAUGCUCAUCAACGUAUGGAAGAGAACAAGAACACCGGCAAAAUUGUCCUCCAGAUCCCCCUCUAACUGUUAGACCACAGACCGCAAUUCUAAAAGUCAAUUGAGUGCAUUAAAUAAGGCUAUUAUACUAUACAGGGACAAAGUGCUACUUUCAUCACUUGGGUAUCAAACCCAUAUUCGGAUCAACAGUACAGGUACUAAAGUUGACUAUUCAUAACCAUA